CCGUGAUCACAAGCUCGGGGAAAGGGAGCAGAGCCGCCGGCCGAGCCAGCGCUGGUGGGGCGCCGGGCGCUGCCGCCUCCAGCCGCUUCUUUCCCUGGCUUGCCCUGCGCGGUAGCCGAGCUCCCGGAUCCAGGGGCGCGGGCCACCGGGUGUUCUUUCGAGGAAGGGGCGUCGUUGGUUUUCCUGCCCCUUUUUCCCCUCCCGUAUUGCUUUGCCACCCGCCCAUCCUCCCCUUUCGCUUUUUCCUCCCCCUCUUUAAAUUUUGGGACCGAGGCGAGGCAACCGCUUUGGAGGUCGCUAGGAGGAUGGUGAUAAAGAUGAUGAGGUGGAAGAGAUGGAGAUGAAGCAGACUAUGCAGAUACGGGGACUCCUGUUGCUGUUGCCGGCACUAUGGACUCUGCUUUGGCGGGACUUCGGGGCUGUAACAGAAGCAAAAGGUAUUGAAAUGCCAAUCAAACUGACGGUGUCCCAGGGGCAGCCAGUGAAGUUGAACUGCAGCCUGGAGGGAAUGGAAGAACCAGAGAUGCUGUGGAUCAAGGAUGGAGCUGUGGUGCAGGGUAUAGACCAAGUGUACAUUCCAGUAAAUGAAGAACACUGGAUAGGUUUCCUCAGCUUGAAGUCUGUAGAUCGGGCAGAUUCUGGAAAAUACUGGUGCCAAGUGGAGACCAAUGGGAAGAAAGAGGAAUCACAGCAAGUAUGGCUUAUUGUAGAAGGUGUUCCCUACUUCACUGUUGAGCCAGAAGAUCUGUCGGUCAUCCCUGAUACACCUUUCCAUAUGGCAUGUGCUGCAGUAGGUCCACCUGAACCAGUCACAAUUGUCUGGUGGAUGGGUGAUUCCAGACUUGGAUAUCCAGACAUCUCUCCCUCCACUCUAAAUGUGUCAGGUAUUAAUCAAAGCACAGUUUUCUCCUGUGAAGCCCACAACAUAAAGGGAUUGUCUUCAUCUCGGACAGCCACUGUACGGAUUAAAGCAAUCCCUUUUCCACCUCUCAAUGUGACAGUAACGAAGAUCACCAGCAACAGUGCCAGUAUUACUUGGCAAACAGGAUUUGAUGGCCUUUCCCCGCUACAUUCUUGUACAGUACAGGUGGCUGAGCUGCAAGAAGAUGAUGAGAUGGUCACUGAAGUUUUCUCUGUCCCUCCCUUUACAAGGGCUUUAGCAGGUUUAAAGCACGCCACCAAUUACAGUGUCCGAAUCCAGUGCACUAAUGAGAUGGGCAGCUCUCCUUUUACAGAUUGGGUCUAUUUUCAGACCUUGGGAUUAGCUCCAAAUUGUACACCACAAAAUGUACACAUUGUCCAAAGAGAUUCUUGCCUGAUUUUGGAAUGGGAAGCAGUAGUUCCAGAAAUGUUUGGAGAGAAUGCCUUAGGAUACAAGUUGGAAUGGAGCCAAGAUAACAUAACUCAGGGGGAAAUGAUUGUAAAGGAAGCAAGAGCCAACCUUUCGAUGUGGAAUCCUUUAAAAGACCUUAUAAUCAAGGUCUGUAUACUCAGUUCGGCUGGUUGUGGACCUUGGAGUGAGCCCUUGCUGCUUACAUCCCAAGAUUUAAUAGGGGGGCAAAGGCAGCCUCUUUAUGGAACAUCCUGGGUUCCUGUGGUUUUAGGAAUUCUGACUGCACUGGUUACAGCAGUUGCCUUGGCCCUAAUCCUUCUACGGAAAAGAAGAAAAGAAACUCGAUUUGGUCAAGCCUUUGGCAGUGUGGUUGGAGGCGAUCCUGUAGUCCAUUUCAGAGCAGUGCGAUCGUUCAACCGAGAGGUCCCGCAGCUUAUUGAAGUAACAUUGGACAGUAUAGGAAUCAGUGAUGAACUGAAGACGAAACUGAAAGAUGUCCUAAUCCAGGAGCAACAGUUUACUCUGGGAAGAAUGCUAGGCAAAGGGGAAUUUGGAUCCGUCAGGGAAGGUCAGCUGAAAAUGCCUGAUGGCUCUCUGCAGAAAGUUGCAGUGAAAAUGCUAAAAGCUGACAUCUUCACUUCCAACGACAUAGAAGAGUUCCUGAAAGAAGCUGCCUGCAUGAAGGAGUUCGACCAUCCACAUAUUACUAAAUUAAUAGGUGUCAGCUUGCGUAAUCGGCCUAAAGGUCGUCUUCCAAUCCCAAUGGUUGUACUGCCCUUCAUGAAGCAUGGAGACCUUCACUCUUUUCUACUGAUGUCCAGGAUUGGAGAAAACCCCUUUAGCUUGCCACUUCAGACUCUCUUAAAGUUUAUGAUUCAUAUUGCUAGUGGCAUGGAAUACCUAAGCUCCAAAAACUUUAUACAUAGGGAUCUAGCUGCUCGGAACUGCAUGUUGGAUGAAAACAUGAAUGUCUGUGUUGCUGACUUUGGGCUUUCAAAGAAAAUCUAUAGUGGAGAUUAUUACCGUCAGGGCUGUGCCUCAAAGCUGCCAGUGAAGUGGCUUGCAUUGGAAAGCCUGGCAGACAAUCUCUACACAACUCACAGUGAUGUGUGGGCGUUUGGUGUGACUAUGUGGGAAAUUGUGACCCGAGGGCAAACUCCUUAUGCAGGCAUUGAAAAUGCAGAAAUUUACAACUACCUCAUCAGUGGAAACAGAUUAAAGCAGCCCCCAGAGUGCCUAGAAGAUAUCUAUGAUCUCAUGUGCAGAUGCUGGCAUUCGGAACCCAAGCUACGCCCGAGCUUCGGAGCUCUGAAACUGCAGCUUGAAAUGCUUUUGGCGAGACUGUCGUUGCUCUCAAACAGUCAGGACCCUCUUUAUGUCAAUGUUGGGAGAUUCCAGGAAGGUUACAGGAACGAAGCCACCAUGAAUUGUCCUUUUGGAACCUUGAAUGGGGAAACAAGCAUUGCAGGAGCCACUGCUGCUGUGACUAGUGACUACCGUUAUAUCAUGAGCCCGUUGUGCCUUGGGAAUGAUGCAGAAAGUGAAAGACACCAGGAUGCAUCUGAUGGAGAGGCUCAGAGCCUCCUUUACGAUUUGGAGAUGGGAGCAAAACUAUGUUAGCCCAAACAAAAAGGAGUGAGACUUUACUUUCCCUCUGAUAAGAUGUGUGUAUCUUUAUCAUCAUAUGGUACCACUGAACAGAGACAGUUGGAAGCUGCUUUUAACCAACAGAAGUUGGUGUAAUGUCAGCUGUGUCUGUAGCUUCUGACAGCUGUUUCGGGGCUAACAUCUCAAUUUGGUAGAAUCACCUCCUGGCCUUCUGAGAGAAACCCUGCAACCCGUCCAUGAAAUGCAAUGGGAGUGGCCCUAGUUUUGGACAGCCCACUGGGUCACAGUAUUCUCUCUGAGAAUUGGGGUCAUGUAGAGUGGUACUCUGCAUAUUUUGGGGAGAGGUUUCCCCCCCAAUAGGUAUGGGAGAAGAGGCACGUGCCACAUAUUCUGAACAACUGAUACUGUCUUUCAGAGCAUGAGAAAACAAAGAGCCUAAUUUAGCAGUAGCUACCUCAGUGGUUCUCAAACUGGGUUCUGUACAGCUGCUUCUCUAUCAUGAAGAAACAUUGGGCCUUUUCUCAGAGUGGCGUUUAGUUGGCAGAUGAAAGCAUUCCUGGAAAGAUAAGGAGAUUUAGCAAGAGCAUUUUGAUUCCCGCCCCUCCCCACAGGUUUGCACAUACUUGCCCUUUUUCUUCUUUCUGCUUUAGAUUUGAAAUCAUACAGAUUUUUUUUUCUUUUACAGCAAAACUGACCAAUUUGUGUGAGGAGUGUCAGAAUUUAUAGGAAUAAUGCAAAACCAAUAAAUAUACCUGUAUAUGCAAUAAUUUGGCAUUAAGGCCACAAUCUUGGACCCACAGAGAGUAAUCUCACAAAUUCAAUGGGAUUUACUGAUGAAUAGGCAUGUAUAAACUGUGCAAAAUUCUAUGUCUGUGGGCAUACUUUUUUGGCAUACAGCUUCAUUUCUGUUUCCUGUUUAGCUACUACAAUGAUGUGGCUGAAAUUUUAGCCUUACUUUCCAUAUGUAUUCCUUGGGAAUUUGGGGAAGCUAAACUUCCCCCAAACUAAAAAAAAAAAUGACCCAAUUUUCUGAUAUGUUUCAGGUUUAGCCACCCAUUAUGCUCAUUAACCCCUAAUCCCAUGGUUUUCCCAAAUGGAUCCAAAUAUUUGGCCCUAUCUGCUACUCAGAGAGGGAACAAUAGAGACCAAAAUGAGGUGCUUAGGGGGUACGUAUGGAUUAUAGGCUGACCAACUCUACCCUAUAUAAAAAUUUCUAUGAAUUUUUUCAUAGAAUUCUAUGAAUGUGUGAACACACACAGAGACACACACACUCUAUAACAAUAAAAGGAGGCAGUUCUUUAAAAAGACAGAUUCAUUUUAUGUAUCUAUUCUGCCACCUUUUCUUUUUUUAAUAAAUAUUAGCCACAGCUAAAUAAAUGAUCAACUGACAUCAGUAGAAUACUUGGGGGAUUUUUUUUUUUAAUACAAAGAAAAAGCUGUUUUCAGUUGGAAAGCUUGAGAAUCACUGGCUUGUCAAAUUAAAGGUCUUCUUAAAGCCUCUUCUCUAUUCUGUAAAAAUUAAGUUCCAUUGGAUUUUUUUUUUUUUU